CUCUGACGAUUUUAGUGCUUCGAAGCAAGUAGCCGUACUGGAAUGGAGAUCUCCAGUCCUAUCACUCCUGGCCAGGCUUCAUUUUUCCUUGGAAUCAUACAAGAGAAAGAGAGCUGGCAAAUUACAAUGAUAAAGCUGUCCUGUUGGAUGGAGGCGGUCUUCAAUCUGCAUCUCCCAGAGCUCUUAACUUGCAUUCUUCAUCUCCUAUAUUCAGGUUCCUUCUGAUGGAUGGAGCAGUAUUUGUUAGAUAUUCGCUACAAUCAACUGCUGCCUUCAAGCCAACAAGAUGACUGU